GGGGAAGUCAUCGAACCCGGAUGCAGCGGAGCUCCGAGGCGUUCACCGGCCGCGGUUGAGAUCGUGCAUCGAUUAGUCGAGCCUGGUUCAUGCCUGCUGAAGCGCAGCGAGGUGAUCUCUGGAGAGCCAAAACGGUGCCAAGACUGCUCCACGCAAACCGCCACCACCUCCUCGCUCCCAGUGGAUGGCACCCCCAACGCCUUCCCCAGCCAGCACUGUGAGAAAAAACCACGCCUCCACGCCGUGGUGGAUGCAGCCAGGGUGUAUAAAUGAGGGUGCAAACGGGUGAAGAGGAACCAGAGGCAGAUCAGACCAGAUGAAGAUGGACAUUUCCAGGGUGAACUGGGUUCUUGCAGCUGCAGGGUUUCUCCUGUGGAGCAGCGGUGGCUCUGCUGCCCCCAUGGAGUGCCACUUUGACUCAAGAGCUCUGUGUGUGUUUGAGGGAAGACAAUACUCCCUGGGGGACACCUGGAUGGACAACGCUUGCAUGCAGUGCACCUGUCUGCACCCUGUUGGAGUCGGUUGCUGUGAGACGGUCCAUCGGCCGGUGGAUUUCCCUGCGUGGUGUCAGGUGCGUGUGGAGCCAGUGACCUGCAAGGUGUCUCUGGUGCAGGUGGCCGACCCCCGUCUGCCCUGCUACUCAGGCGAACACUUCAAGGACCCGAGCCAGGGAUCAUUUCAGCUGCAGCAACAGCUCGAGGGGUAGAGAGCCACUCGAACCCAACCAUCUGUUGGAUCUGUUCGCCUGUGAAACCAAUACUCACUCCAGUUAAAUAUCAGUUACUACUUCUUUCAUAUACAUACUGUACAAAUAUAAAACCUUAACAGCAUGUGUAAGUUUCAGUGUUUGUAUCGUCACAAAUGUGACACUCGUCUGUGAAAGUAUAUUUAAAUAAAGCUGCAGCAUUUUCCAGCAGAGAAUUUUAUGAAACAAAUUAAAAUUCAAGUUUACUUUAGAUAAAUCUUUUUUUAUUUGACAUUAGUUAUUAGAAGACUACAUUUGUCUGCCUAUAGUGGCCAAAAGCUUCAGACUUAAGGAUGCAGAAGCAACAUAACUUUUAUUUUUAAAUACAGAAUGUGGCGAACUUGUGCCAAAGAUUGUUUGUAAAAAAAAAAAAAAUCUCCAUCACAUUAUCACAUUAAGCCGAAUGUCAGAUCUUUAAUCAAUUCAAUAAUUCCUUUUGUAAAUAUAAACACAGUAUAUACACAUGCAUUAAUAUAUACAAAUUCUGCUGAAUUUGCCCUGUUCUCUGCUGUAACUCAUUUAACCUUCAAAUAAAGUUCUUGUUUAUAAAGAGAAACGAUGUCAAAUUCUGUGAAGUAACAGAUGAAGCAUUUAAACAUCAUUUUAAUCACACUUUUAAUUUCUCUUGUAGUACAUACACCUCAGUACAGUCCUCCGUUCAGCCCUUGAAGCUAAAACAAAAACGGUUAAACUGUAAAAAUAUCAUGGAUAAGAAAAAGCUGUCUCAUAAAAUCAGAAAUAAAGUGUCCGAGACAAUAAGAAAAAAAA